UGAUCCAAAUGAACAAUGAAAAAAAAAAAUCACUACAAAUAAAGACACUAUCUGCACUAUGUAGCAAUUGAGAAUGGAAAAUUUGGGAGAUGAUGUUUUAGCUUCGAUAAUGAGUAGGGUUCACGACUCUGCCUGUAGAAGAUCCAUUUCUCAAGUUUGUAAGCAGUGGCUCAGAAUUGAAGGCUUAACUCGAUCAUCUGUACGUGUUUUUGAACCCAAUCUUUUGCUUAAUUUCCUUCCAAGAUUCCCAAAUUUGCUAAAAUUUGAUACAUCUGAAGAAAUCACGAAUACCCAUCUUGAAAUUUUAGCUGAAAAAUGUCCCAGGAUCCAAAUUCUUAACCUUAAUUUCAAAAAAAAGAACAGAUUUUAUGAUGAAAGGGAUGAAAGUUUAAUCUUGGAUGAUUUUGAUGAAAAUGGUUUGUGUUUCAUGGCAAUGGGUUGUUCUCAUCUCAAUACAGUUUCUUUGAGAAAGAGAAGUGGAGUUGGGGAUGCUGGGGUUGUUUCUCUUGUUAGCUUUUUGCCUAAGUUGAUAUAUUUAGACUUAAGUUUUUGUGACAAGGUUAGCGAUGAAGCACUUAGAGUUAUUGGAAGUGUUAGCUCUUUGAAGUACUUGAAUCUACAGGGGUGUUGGUUGGUAUCUGAUGCGGGUUUGAAAUCAUUAACAGGAGGACCUCUUAGGAUGACCUUGAAGAAACUAAUUCUUGCUGAAUGUGAUAGGAUUACGGAUUGUGGGGUGUUGAGUUUGAUGCAAUUAUGUUGCUUGGAGGAAUUGGAUUUGGCAGAAUGUGGACCGAAUGUGACUGAUUUAGCUGGUGAGGCGAUUGCUUCAAGUGAGAGUUUUAAGAGGUUGAACUUGUCAUGGCUUGUAAAUGUGUCUGAUGCUACUGUUGUUGCUCUAGCUGAAGGUUGCAAGAAUCUGGAUGCUCUUAAUUUAACUGGCUGUGAAUUUGUCACUGGUGAAGGCGUCCGUACUUUGACAAAGCAUGGGUCAUUGAAAGAGCUCAUUUUGACUAGUUGUGAAAAGCUUAGUGGAUAUGAUUUGGAAGAGUUGGUACUAGGAUGUCAAACAUUAGAAUACAUUGUGGUUGACAAAAGAUUAAGGAUGUGGGUACCUAUGGAAGUGCAGGAUAGUAUCAUGAGAGAACACUGUUGGAUAGAUUGGAAAUAACAGGUGAAAGGGGAGUUGAAUGUCUCGUUUCGAAUGGAUUAAUAUGUUUUCAGUGUCCUCUCUCAUUUAUGGAUACCUCUUAGCAGUUAUAACCCGGGUCUUUCAUUCACAGUUCCCCAUCAUUACCUCAGGUGUUUUUUUGUUGACUGGGAAUUUUUCGUCUUCUUCAUGGCAUUCAUCUUCUGAUAUACAACUCUUGCCUUUCGAACUUCAGUCUAGAAAUUCAAUGAGAAAGAUUUGGACUUUCUCUCCUCUCUGUAUUGGCAGGUGCUCCUGCAAAAUUGCUGGAAGAAAGAUUCUCAAAUAGGGUUCAUCUUAAACCCCACCAUUCUUGCACUCUCAGAGGUAUGUACUCCUAUACAUCAAUAAAAAACAAAUCUUUAUAGCCUUUUGUUUUAUAUUCCUUAAUUGUUUGUUUUCUUGCAGGUGUUUUUUGUUGAGUGGGAAUUUUUUGUCUUCUGAUAUACGGGUCUUGCCUUUGGAACUUCAGUAUAGAAAUUCAGUGAAAAAAAAUUGGACUUUCUCUCCUCUCUGUAUGGGCAGGCGCUCCUGCAAAAUUGCUGGAAAAAAGGUUUGAACUGUUGAACAAUGAUGACGGACGGUGCAGCAGUAGUUUGCAAAAUCUGGCAUUUGCUAUUUAUUGCUUGUUGUUGCUACUUGGAACAAGUGCAUUUUUCUGUGCGCGAAAUAUUGGGCACUGCAAAAUAGUACUCAGUUUUGAGAACUAUUGCCACGCCUAAGUGUGUAGGGGGAUGGCUUCGAUAAAAUAGGAUGUAUGAAUAACAAAAGCAUUUUCACAAUUCAGAGUAUGAAAUCUCUCACCAGGUUAAUAGCAGUUUCCCUAGAAUCUUGCAUUAUAUGUGACUCAGGUUAGAGUAGAAGUAUGGAGGAGUAUUAUGUCACCAACAAGGUGCAGACAGAAUUGAGUCAGAAGUUUCUACGGCUAAAUUUGUCCGCUCGCUGAAUGCACAAUGGGAGAGAAUGCAAAAGGGCAUCUCUACAGUGAUUGCAACAAUACUUUGAUGCCUUCAAAGACAGAUAUCUAUCCAUUGAAAUUGUUCGGAAAAAUUCAGUCGAUGGCUUGGAUGUACUGUUGUAAGCUUAAAUGAUUUCCGUGAUUGCCUAGUGAACAAUACUUGGGACCUUCAGUUGAUUUCUGUGAAACAUUUUCUGCUCUAUGUUAACAUUGGUCUUAGUUUUAUUUAUAUAUUCCAGUUAUCAUUCAUUUCCUA